AUGGACUGGUCCCCGAAGAGCAUGAUGGAGGAGACGCUCCGAUGCCUGCAAAAGUCCGAGACAGACCUCGGCGUGGACCUGCAUCACGUCGCGGCGCAGCUGCGGAGCGCGAUCGUCGCGUUCGAUAAGCUGCACAACCGGUGCGAGCGGUGCCGAGGAAGGGGCGUCAUGAAGUGCGUCCUGUGCGGCGGGAGGGGGGAGAUCACGAUACCGAACGUCGCGCGGUGUCAUCGGUGUCUAGGGUGCACGCAAGAGCAGUGCACGCGGUGUUGCGGAUACGGGCUCACGUGA